CUUUCAAGAUGGCGGAAAAAACUCUUGCACAGGACCUGUUCGAGGACAUGGGCAGGAAAGUCGCUGAGGCGAGUGCGCAAGAAGACGAUGUCGAGGGAAGCAAGAUUGUCGACGUGAUUGAGAGUUUGUGCAUGAACUGCCACGAAGACGGCACGACACGUCUGCUUCUCACACGCAUACCGUACUUCCGCGAGAUCGUCAUCAUGUCCUUCGAAUGCCCGCACUGCCACUUCAAAAACACCGAAGUCCAGCCCGCGGGAGAAAUUCAACAACGAGGCGCUAAGAUCACCUUCCGUGUCGACAGCGCAGAUGAUUUGGCCCGGCAGAUUGUCAAAAGCGACACUGCUGUUUUCCGGGUAGAGGAUAUUGACCUGGAGAUCCCACCAGGUCGCGGGCAGCUGUCGAAUGUGGAAGGCAUCCUGUCUAUGGUCGCACAAGAUUUGGAACAAAAGCAAGAAGAAAGGAAAGAGGCCAUGCCUGAAAUCUACGAGAAAAUCCAAAGCGUCAUUGGCUCCAUUAGAGAGAUGGCAGGUGCUACCAAGGUACCAUUCAAGAUUACUGUGGAUGAUCCAGCAGGCAACUCAUCCAUCGAGCCCUCUCCCCAAGACGUAGCAGCUAAAUACUUCCGCCACGAAUACCCUCGUAGCCCCGAACAAAACGCUGCACUUGGCCUAGGAGAUUCAUCAGAAGGCCCCAACACAGAAGCACCCUCCACCGAAAUUCGACCCGAGUACAAAGCCGACCAAAUGUAUCCACACAUGCCAGCGCAGCCCAUGGUCAACAAUGUCGACGAAGACAUUGUCGAAAACCAGGUCUACUCGUUCCCUGCCACCUGUCCCGGAUGCACCAAGCAUUGCACGACCAACAUGAAGAUGGUGAACAUCCCGCACUUUAAGCAGGUAGUCAUCAUGAGCACUGUCUGCGACCACUGCGGCUACCGAACCAACGAGGUCAAGACCGGCGGAGAAGUGCCCGAGAAGGGUCGGCGCAUCACGAUUGCCGUGGAGAAAAAGGAAGAUCUUUCGCGAGACAUACUCAAAUCCGAGUCGUGCGCGAUGGAGAGUGCAGAACUCCAGCUCAGUGUUGAGCCCGGCACUCUCGGUGGCCGUUUCACCACCAUCGAAGGUCUCCUGACACAGGUACGCGAUGACCUCCGAUCGUCUAUCUAUGACAUUGGUUCGGAUAAGGGUGGGGAUUCCAUGGAUACAACUACCAAGCAGAAGUGGGAUUCCUUCUUCGGACAGCUUACCAAGGCCAUCGAAGGCGAAAUCAAGUUCAACCUGGUGCUGUCGGAUCCUCUUGCCAGUAGCUACGUGCAGAGCUUCACUGCACCCGAGCCAGAUGCUCAAUUGAAGGUGGAGGAGUAUGAGCGCACCGAAGAGGAGGAAGAGGACCUCGGUUUGCGGGACAUGAAGACGGAGGGUUAUGAAGAGGAGCAAGCAGCAGUGGAUGGCGUCACGAAUGGCGAGACCACGGGAGCCGCAUAG